UACUUCAGCAAGAAGAAAUACAUGUGAGAAACAAGAUGUCUCAUGCUGAGAAACCUCACCGCGAUAAGCAGCACCGAUAUUAUGAGAGCCACGGAUCUGACAGACACCAUGAGGAGAGAAGGGCUAAAAAGCCAGACCCAUCCAAUAGAAGGUCAACACAAGAGAUUCCUGGCAACCAACACUCCAGACCUUAUACUGCUAAUUCAGACCUGUACCAAAAAAACAACCUACCAACUCAUGGAUAUGUCAAUUCUCCACCAAAUUAUGAUCCCGAGAAAAAGACCUUUUCAGAGAAAUGUAAUAACCUAUGCUCAAGGAGAGGUAUUUUGAAGUUUGUUGAAAUCACUGUCAACAUUCUAGUGCUGAUCUGUGUUGGAGCCUCCCAUGCAGCUAUUGCUGGCUAUGGUUCUAUGGGAGGUUUGGGAACGGGCUCUUUCAACAUUGGUUCGUUUUACAGCCCAUUUGAAGGAACUGAGUUCCAGGAGGUGCGAGACUUGGACAUGCAGUUCAGCCAGAUGAGAGCUCCUUGUGUGUAUGGGGGAGUAGUCUUCAGCCUGACAUUAGUAGCACUUACACUCCUGUUCCUCAUCGUUGGGGCAAAACCCAUUGAUCGACUCUCUGUGAAGAUGCUCAUGGCAGAAUGUGCCUUUGAUGCGCUGGCUUGUAUGGGGUAUAUUGCAGCUGUUGGCCUUUACUUACACUUUAUCAUCCAGGUGAACGCCACAGACACAUGCAAGAAGAGGGAAAGACUGUAUGCGCGCCGUGGAUACACCUGGAUGAACUGCGAGGUUCAGGGGGGUGAUGCAGCUGUCAGCCUGUUUGGCAUCGUUGCUGCUUGUUUGUACUUCCCAAGUUUUGUGAUCUGUGCACUCACCAUUCGAAAUGUACAGGCCUUUCGGAGCCAGAUGACCAGGACUCAAUACAGCCUUGAGAACAGCUACAGUGAGAGAGAAUACCAAAAGGACUACAGAGGCCCCGAAAGCACUCACAGUGCACAGGCUGUAGCAACACUGGUGUAGAAUCUGUCAUGGAACUCAUUGCAGUGGCAGGGAGCAUCAACUCCAGUGAUGGGCAGGCACUGGAUCUGAUAUUUUUAGGAUUUUCUUUAAAUACAGAGCAUCUGUAUCAUACGGACCAUAGUGUACACAUGUACAGCAUUAAUUGUCAAUUUUAUGAUGGACUAAAGUCCUGAAUGUAAUAAAAUUUACUUUGUCACAGUAAAUUUUAAUUUUAGAUGGUUACACCAAUUACUUAAGUCUAUUUUCAAACGUAAAUAUAUAUUUGUUUUCAACAGUUCAGCCCUGCUCAGAGCAGGUCCAACUGACUCUAGUAAACACCAGCAUGUUAACAUUGGGGGAGCUGAACUAGUUAACAAUGGUGGGAAUUAUUAUUAAUUAUUAUUUUUUUAGUUUCCUUUGGAUAGAUAUAACUCCAACUAGGAGUAUGGGAAUUUCAUUUCUUCUUCCCCUCCAGUUGGCCAGCCAAUAUAAGAGGUUAAUAAUCUAUGAACACUCACAGCUAAUGGAUUUAGGCCCCUAUUCAGAAAGGUACUUAAGCACAUGCCUAACUUUAAUUUUGACUUCAGUGGGUCUACUAACAAAGAUAAGAACGUUUCUAAGGAUCACACUGAAUCAGGGCCAAAACUACAACUCUGCUCCCUUGCCUGGGUUGCUACCAUGCUACUAAUCUAGGGAAAGGCUUUAAACUCCCACUGUUGAUCCCAAGUCACCCAUACUUACCCACCCUGAUCCCACUGCUCCCUGAGGAAUUUUGCAGACAAGCGUUAACUACAGUUCCAAACAUAAUGGUUUUUUAUGUCCAUGUAAUUCUGAACCUAGUGGAGUUAAUCUGAAUUUACCAACUGUGAAACAUCAGAACUGGGCCCGAUAGAUCUGAGUCAG